CAGCCGCAGCUCGAGCAGUGAAAAAAUAUCUCAUCGCCUGUAGCUAGUGAUUCUCGCGAAAAAAAAUUAAAAUUUAUAUUUUUUUUUGGUGUGCUGUGUGUAAUUAAGUACUCCAAACAAUGGACUUACUUAAAAUUUUGAGGAACUUGGCACCAAAUGUCAAUUGGAUAAUCGAAGAAGAACGAAAUGAAUUUUUUAUACAAGUUCUUGAUUUAUGCGGAUAUCGGAAAGACCAUUAUUAUUUUAGUAGCAUUUUUCAUCAGCAAGAGGUGGAUUUUCUUCUCAUCCAGGCCGCAAUUACGAACUAUUACGAAGGACUAGAAUUCAUCCAAUUUCUUGCUCGCACCGGCUACAAGGAUAGGAUUGACGUUCCCAAAGACGGCAACAAUCCACUGCUGCUGCGUCGCACCACAGCAGUACAUCAUGCGGCUAGAUACAAACCCUACGAUUGGGAAUGCAUGGUCGAAGACCUUUUUAAAAUAUUCGAUAGAUUUGACGUAAACUACGUCGACGCGUUAGGUCUCACUCAUUUUCAUGUGGCGUGCAUGGCGUGCAUGUGCGGAGAUGUCGUCCGAAAAUUCCUCGAGCGAGGCCGGGUCGAUCCCAAUCUCGUUUGGCCGGAAACGGGCGAUUCGCCGCUGCAUCUGAGUGUGCGCCACGGUGGCAACGAGUCGGUCAAAAUUCUGCUGAGAAACGGUGCGGAUCCGAAUCUGGCCAACGAGGAUGGAUUUACUCCUCUGCACACGAGUGCCAAAUUGAUCUGGAAUCAUGGAACAAAGCUGACGUUCGACGCGCUGUUCUGCGAGGACAGGAAGCAUCCGCUGCGGCUCGACGCCCGAGACAACUUGGGCGACACUCCAUUGCACUUGGCUCUGAAGCACAGACACAUGGAGGUGGCCGAGGUGCUGCUGAGAGAAGGGGCCAGUCCGAAUUUACCCAACGACGAGGGACAUACUCCUUUGCACAUCAUUUGUCAGAGCGACGAUAGAUACACUCUUUUGUUCGUCGAUCGCGGCGAAGCUGAGACGUUUCUCAAGGUCACUGAAGAAUUGAAUCAGCCGGUGCAAGUCGACGCCCGUGACAAGUUGGGUAGGACACCGCUGCAAUUGGCCGUGGCGAAUCUUAGGCCACACGCGGUCGAGAGUUUACUCGAUCGUGGAGCUGACCUAUCCAGCUUCGUUCUUCUUCCAGAGGAAGAUUUCACCACGAGAUUUGACCCUAAUAAAGAUGAUUUGAGUUAUUUUAAAUUGGGCAUAAUAUCGUCUGGUGCAUUGGCCGUCUUUGAAAGUCUCGAAAAAAGAGGAUACAAAGUAGAAGAUUACGUCCUGAUAAUCAUGAAAAUUUUCAGUAGACUUGGAUUGUUCCAGAGUUCGGUGUCUUUCAAAACACAUUGGUACGACGACAAAAAGUUUGCGACAGAAGCGAAACGAAUUCAGAUUUUGCCAAGGAUAAGUAGAGGAGAUUACAAUGAUUUUUCGGAGUUCGAGAGAGCAAAGAUCGAGACAGCGAUGACUCCGAGUCUGUCGUUCUACGAUCUGAUACGGUUGAGACCCGAAGAGGCGGCGAAAAUACUCACCUAUCGGGACUACUAUGAUCUUGAACGUUCGAUAGAAUUGCCGUGGCUCCCCGGAAUUUAUUACGAGGAUGUCAUACUUUAUCUGUACGAAAAAGUAAUGAGAGGAUUCUGCCGGCGAUGGGCCCUGAAAUAUUUCUACGAUUUGAUCCGUUAUCGGCUGUCUAUCCUCUGCUGCGAAAAAAUCAUCGAUCAGCUAACGAACGAAGAUCUGUGUAAUAUUUGCUUCGCGGCAACAGAUCAAGAUCAGUACUCAUUUUCAUUUUUGCAACCAUCAGUCGUGACAAUGAAAGUAGAUUAAAUGAUACGAAGCAAGGCUGCAGCUCAAAAAAUUCAUAAAUUUGAAAGCUUAAGCUUCGAAAAUAUAAUACAUUGGUAUAGAAUAAGUUAUAAAUAUGUUUUGUUGAUAUAAUGUUUUGAUGGCCCCUCAAAGAUGCCUGGUUUGUUAAUGAGUGUUGACAGUUUUAAU